AGUGAGUGUAUAUCUAUAGCUCCUAGUGGUGAUCACAGUUACCGGUUGCUUAUCAAUGGAGCAACCAACGCCGAGAACAACGGCAGUCGUGCCAUGGUUGCUGCUGCUCUGCCUCGUCUGCAGGGCACCACAGGCUCGUACCCAGCCCGACAACAAUGAUUUCAUCAGCAUAGACUGCGGUCUUCCAGGGGAGACAGGCUACAGGGAUAACACCACCUCGUUGUACUACACGACGGACGACGCUGGCUUCAUCGACACUAAUGCUGGCAUAAACCACAACAUCUCCGCUCAGUACAUCAACCCGUCGAUUCCCACGAGCUUGCACAGCGUGCGCAGCUUCCCCAGCGGCGAGCGCAACUGCUACACUCUGGGCUCACUCGUGUCCGGGCUCAAGUACCUCAUCCGGGGCCAGUUCUUGUACGGCAACUACGAUGGCUUCAACAGACUACCCAUCUUCGACCUCUACAUCGGCGUUAACUUCUGGACGACGGUGAACAUCUCAUCAUCCGACGCAGUGGUGUAUGCGGAGGUCAUCAUGGUCGUGCCAGAAGAUUCCGUGCAGGUUUGCCUCAAGAACACCGACCGCGGGGUGCCGUUCAUCUCUGGGCUGGAUCUGAGGCCGCUGACGAUCAAGCUCUACCCACUGGCCAACGAGACGCAGGCCCUCGUUCUGCUUCACAGGUUUAACUUCGGACCCACUGAUGAAACAAUUAUCAGGUACCCUUAUGAUCCAUAUGACCGGAUAUGGUUCCCUUUUGUCGACAUGACAGACUGGGCUGAGAUAAAAACUGGGGAAAAGGUGAAAAUUGAUGACGAGCUCUUCCAGCCGCCCGAGGCAGUGAUGCAGACGGCCGUCACGCCGCAGGACGUCUCCAAUAACAUAGAGUUUACCUUGGACCUCCAGAGUUUCCCUAGUGACCUGGGGUACAUCCAUAUGUUGUACUUCUGUGAACUGGAGCAUCUUCAAACAAAGGCACGACGGGAGUACAACUUCUACCGGAAUGACGUGCUGAGGCACUCAAAUUACACUCCGCCAUACCUUGUGACCGAUUACAUCUACUCAUCCGAGCCCUUUCAAGUCGACCAGUACAAGGUCUCCCUCAACGCCACCGCUACGUCGACGCUACCGCCCAUCAUAAACGGCAUUGAGCUAUUCGCCGUGAUCCCAACUACCAUCCAGGGCACCGACACACAGGACGUAUCUGCCAUCACCGCAAUCAAGGAGAUAUACCAGGUGCACAAGAACUGGAUGGGUGACCCGUGCAUUCCCAAGGCUCUGUGCUGGGAUGGGUUGACCUGCAGCUACGACGUUUCCAAACCUCCCAUAAUUAGAAACGUAAACAUGUCCUUCAAUGGUCUGCAUGGUGGUAUAUCGCCAAAUUUCGCAAAUCUAAUGGACGUCCAAUACUUGGAUCUCUCAAACAAUAAUUUAACAGGAUCAAUUCCAGACACCCUUUCACGAAUACAAUCAUUAAUAUUUUUAGACCUCUCAGACAACAAUCUGAAUGGAUCCAUUCCUUAUGGACUUAUCAAAAAAAUUCAGGAUGGGUCCUUGGAUUUGAGAUAUGUCAACAAUCCCGAUCUCUGUACUAAUGGCAACUCAUGUCAGCUUGCUGAAGGGCGCACCAAACUAGCCAUCUACAUAGCUGUUUCUGUAGUUGUGAUUGUGGUGUUAGUAUUAGUGGCAGUACUAUGCUUUUGCUUCCAAAGAAAAAGAAAGCAAGGAUCAAUCAAUUAUUCUGUAAAGCUGACAAGUGAUGGCGAUGGGAAUAGUUCGCUUCGACUUGAGAACCGUCGGUUCACGUACAUGGAACUGGAGACAAUAACGAACAACUUCGGGCGAGUGCUUGGCCAAGGAGGGUUCGGGUAUGUCUUCCACGGCUGCCUGGAAGAUGCCACUCAGGUGGCAGUAAAGUUGAGGUCUCAUUCUUCAAAUCAAGGUGUCAAACAAUUCCUCGCAGAGGCUCAAGUUUUAACACGGAUUCAUCACAAGAAUCUUGUGUCCAUGAUUGGUUACUGCAAGGAUGGGGUGCACAUGGCACUUGUCUAUGAGUACAUGCCUCAAGGAACCCUACAAGAGCACAUUGCAAGGGAAGACAACAGCGGACGAGGUUUACCAUGGAGACAAAGACUCCAAGUCGCACUUGAAUCUGCACAAGGUCUGGAGUACCUUCAUAAGGGGUGCAACCCACCUAUAAUUCACAGGGAUGUCAAAACCGCCAACAUCUUGUUAAACGCGAGGUUAGAGGCCAAGAUUGCCGAUUUUGGUUUGUCCAAGGCUUUCACCUGCGACGAUAACACCAAUGUAUCCACCAACACGUUUGCCGGCACACACGGAUAUGUAGAUCCAGAGUAUCAGAGAACAAUGUAUCCGUCGACCAAGAGCGACGUGUAUAGCUUUGGUGUCGUUCUGCUAGAGCUAGUCACAGGAAAGCCAGCCAUCCUACGCAACCCCAGGCCCAUCAACAUCAUCAACUGGGCACGACAACUACUUGCACGGGGCGACAUUGAAGGCAUAGUGGAUGCGCGUAUGCAAGGUGAUCAUGACAUCAAUGCCGUUUGGAAGACAACAAACAUUGCACUCAUGUGCACUGAGCAAGCUCCCGCGCAGAGGCCCUCCAUGACUGAGGUGGUGAUGCAGCUACAGGAGUGCCUCGAUCUGGAGGAAGGCAGCGGCGGUAGUGGCAUGAACCCACACAUGGGUUACAAUGCUACCAUUAACCGGUCCAUUGGUGUGAGCCAGAACAACACUAUGUUUGAGACAGCGUAUAAUUAUACGACAGGGCCACCAAUGGACAGCAGUCCCGCGUCCACCCGAUGAAGCUGUCUAUGCCAAUCCAUUCUACUAGCCACCAUGAAUUCUCUUAUUUCACAAUCAGAUCUCUACAAGAAUUUUGAACAUGUUCUUACUUAGGUGAGUAAUGUUCUCGUAAAACUCUUAUAUUGUGUUAAAAUGAAAUAUGAAUAGAAUAAAGGAGAGGUGGUACUUUUUUCCAUUUCUAUCACCGGA